UCAUUAUAGAUUCUAAAAAUAUUUUUUUCCCUUCUCUAUGGACUUAACAUAAAAAUAGGUUUGUUUGUAUUUGGAAUUGUUUUCCAAAGUCAAUAUCCCAAACCUAGAUUAGGUACAAAAAAAUUAGUUUCCAAAAAAAUGAGUUGUGGAAAUGAAUUUGUGGGAACAUUAAAAAAAAUUGGUUACCCCAAGGCUGAUGUUCUUAACGGAGAAGAUUUUGACUGGUUGUUUGAGACAGUUGAGUGGUUUUGUGGGAAUGUGAAUGAACAGAACGUGUUGUCUGAAAAAGAAUUGCAAGCUUUCAGCGCUCUUCAAAAAUCAGGCAAGCCCAUCCUAGAAACAGCAGCACUGGAUGAAGUUCUUAAAACCUGUAAAGCUUCUGAUUUGAAGACACCUACUGUGAAUGACAAAGAGCUAGAGAAAUUAGAGGAUGAAAUUCAAACUCUGCAAAAAUUAAAGAACCUCAAACUUCAACGACGGAAUAAAUGCCAGUUGAUGGCUUCGGUAACUAGCCACAGAUCUCUGAAGUUAAAUGCCAAAGAAGAAGAAGCCACUAAAAAGCUGAAGGAGAGUCAAAAAUUUCUAAAUGCUGCGAAUACUAAAAUCAGUAACGACCUUCAGUCUCUUACCCAUGGAGUUGCAAAAUUGAUGAUGUUCUUCAAACAUUCUAAUAUAGGGCAAGGGACGAAUCCACUGGUGUUUUUAUCUCAGUUUCCCUUGGAAAAGUAUCUAAGCCAGGAGGAGCAAAGCACAGCAGCAUUAACCUUCUUUACUAAAAAACAGUUCUUUCAGGGGGUACAUGAAGUAGCUGAAAGUUCAAAUGAAGAAAAUUUUCAACUAUUAGAUAUACAAACACCAUCUCUUUGUGAUAACCGAGAAGUCCUUGAGGAGAGGCGGCUAGAGAUGACCAGGCUACAGUUAGCUUACAUUUGUGCUCAACAUCAGUUAAUUCAACUGAAAGCAAGUAAUUUGAGCAUGAAGUCAAGUAUAGAAUGGGCUGAGGAGAAUCUGCAUAGUCUAACCAACAAGGCUGUUGGCAAAGAAAGUUUGUAUGCUAACAUUUCUAGCUUGACCAGUGAAAUUCUAAAACUUGAAGAACAAAUCACUCAUGUAAAAGACGAAAGUUUGCCUGCUGUAGUAAGAGAGAAUGCCCAGUUGUUGAACAUGCCAGUUGUAAAGGGAGAUUUUGAUUUGCAGAUUGCCAAACAAGACUAUUAUACAGCAAGACAAGAAUUAGUUUUAAAUCAGUUAAUAAAGCAAAAGGCAUCAUUUGAACUUCUACAAAUAUCAUAUGAAAUUGAAUUGAGGAAGCACUGGGACAUAUAUUGUCAACUUGAAAAUUUGGUUAAAGAGCUUAGUGAAAGCAAUGAGGUGCUGUACCAGCGGUUAGAAGUGCUGACGGACUCCUCAAUAACUCAGCAGAAAAACCCCAGGACGACUAUUGACACCAAGGAUUAUUCUACGCAGAGGCUUUAUCAACUUUUAGAAGGAGAGAAUAAGAAAAAAGAGUUGUUUAGAACCCAUAGUAACUUGGAGGAAGUGACUGAGAAAUUGAAGCAGGAUGUUUCUUUAUUACAAGGUCAGCUGGCAGCAUCUGCUCAAGAACAUUCUUUCUUUCUGUCCAAACUGAAUGAUGGUGUGGACCUGCUUUGUGAUGCUUUGUAUCAAGGAGGAAAUCAGCUUUUGCUUAGUGAUCAGACACUAAUGGAGCAGUUUCAUCAAGUUGAAUCUCACUUGAAUAAGUUAAAUCAUCUCCUUACUCAUAUUCUUGCUGAUGUGAAGGCAAAAAGAAAAAUUUUGGCAGCUGAUAAACUGCAUCAAAUGGAAAGAGAAUUAUAUGUGUAUUUUUUUAAAGAUGAAGAUUAUCUGAAACAUAUCAUGGAGAAUUUAGAAAAUCAAUCAAAGAUAAAAGUUGUUGGCCUUGAAGAUUGA